AUGGUGUCCCCCAGGGGGAGUCCGGUGCCCCACAGACAGGAUCACACUGACCCCUGUCAGCAACGAGGGAGCACCUUCACCCCAUUCACACGACAACCUGAGGCUGUGGCCAGGCCACACAGCUGACAUGAGCUUCCGGGUGCCGGGCCCGGGCCUGGACAAGAUGAAGCCAGACAGUGCACAGUCCUCCCUGGACCAGGAGGAGGCUGAGGAGGCGGAGGACCGGCAGCUGCUGGAGCCGGAGGCGUGGCGGGCCUACAUGGAGCGCCGCACUGCGCUGCGCGAGUUCCUGACCGCGGACCUGAGCCCGCACCUGCUCAGGCGCCACCACGGGCGCAUGGAGCUGCUCCAGAAGUGCUCCUUCCACAUCGAGAUCCUCCCCAAGCACCUGGCCCUGGGCGACCAGAACCCCCUGGUGCUACCCAGCACCAUGCUCCAGCUCAUCGACCCCUGGAAGUUCCAGCGCAUGAAGAAGGUGGGCACCGCCCAGACCAAGAUCCAGCUCCUGCUGCUCGGGGACCUGCUGGAGCAGCUGGACCGGGGCCGUGCCGAGCUGGGCGCCCUUCUGGAGUCGCCCGACCCGCGACCCUUCCUGGCGGGCUGGGGCCUGGUGGCGCAGAGGCUGGCGGAGCUGUCGGCCGUCAUGGACAGCUUCCUGGCCAUGAUGGUGCCUGGGCGCCUGCACAUGAAGCACCGCCUGGUGUCCGACAUCGGCGCCACCAAGAUCCCACACAUCCGGCUGAUGCUGAGCACCAAGAUGCCCGUCAUGUUCGACCGCAAGGGGUCGGUGGCCCACCGGGACUGGGCCAGCCUGCGCUGGUUUGUCACCAUCCAGCCGGCGGCCCCCGAGCAGUUUGAGCUGCGCUUCAAGCUGCUGGACCCACGGACGCAGCAGGAGUCCACGCAGUGCGGCACCAUCCCCGUGGCGGCCUGUGCCUUCGACAUCCACAACCUGCUGCCCAACCGCUCCUACAGGUUCACGGUCAAGAGAGCAGAGAGCUACACACUGGUGUACGAGCCGUGGAGGGACAGCCUCACCCUGCAGACCAGGCCGGGGCCCCCAGAAGGGCCCAGCCCUAGUCGGCUAGGCAAGCCAGGCUUGCCCCUGACCGCACUUUCUGAGAGAUGAUUUUCUAAUAUUUAUCCACUAAUAAAGACUAUAAACACACACACACAACUA